AAGACGGACAUGCUCUCAAACUCAGUAGAUUGGAGGUCACCGGUCAGGGGUGUUAUGGUAAUUUCAUAGCAUCUAAAAUCCAGGAAACAAAACCCACCUCCGUCUCCCCUUCCACCGCUACCACUUCUCUUACUCCAAUUCUCUCCGGCAAACUUUGUUCAACUUUUCGAUCAUCAUUAUACCCGCCGAAAACUUCAUACUUCCCGUCGAAUCCUAAACCCACAUCUCACAACUAUACGUACACAUUCUGUUUCUAUACCUCAUAAUGCACGAAUGGCUCAGUACAGGCAAUCCGGAGGUUUCUUCAAUAGCAAUGGCGGUAUGCGAAACGGCGGAGAUCAACUAUCGAUCGGCAUGCGCGGUGGCGGAACCACUUCCUCAGUGCCAUACCACCACCGCCGUCGAUUCAAAGGCCCACACGAUUACAAGAUCUCGAUCGGCUGCUGCAUCGUGAUACUCGCCUUCAUACUCUCCGUUUCGGUUUUUUUCUAUUUUGCAUUGCAAAGUAAAGGAGCAGAUACGAACUGGUAUAGAUCUCAAGACAAUGACAUAGAAAAUGAUACUGAUUUUCUCAUGAAUGUGACCCGGACACAGAAAUCCAAAGAACUCAAGUUUGGACGUGGAUCUGUUUUGCAUGGCCGGGAUUCAAGGUAUUGGGACAAGGAUGACAGAAGAAGAGAUGUAGAUUACAAUGAAGAGGAAUUGAACCGAGGCCGGGAUGGUUCCACAAAUAAGGUUCAUGCUGCAAUCAGAAUUAGGGAUAAGAAGUCUUCUACUACUGGUUCUCAUAAAGCUUCGGAUAACAGAAGAAAUGGUUUAUACAAUGAGGCCGGGCGUGACGAACUGAAAAUGUAUGAAGCUGAGUAUGAGGCUUCUUUAAAGAGUAGCGAACAGUCUAAACAUGUACAUAGCAAUAAAAAUCAGCAAUCAGGUGACGCUGAUUGGAGAAAGCAUGGAUCUGCUGAUGAUGAAUAUGAUGAUGGUAUUGAUUUACAGGAUGACGAAAUCAAAGACGAUGAUGAUGUUGGACAUGAUGAUGAGGAGCAUUCUGGUGGCCAUGAAUCCCACAGGAUUGAUGGUGGAGAAUCUUCUCAUCUGCGCGAUGCAAGAAACAAAAACCAGAAAAAUGUUGAGGAAGGUGAUAAAGUUUCCUUUGAUUUGGCCAAUGAGGAAUCACUUUCAAUCUCCCUGCAUUCCAAAAUCAAAGUCAAAUCCAGACAUGUCAGUUCUCUUGAUGGUCAAUCUGUUCGAAGAACAAAUCCUGAAAGGCACUCAGGUUCCAAAAGGAAGCCAAAACGCCGAAGAACCUCUGGUUCAUGUGAGAUGAAAAUGUUGAAUUCCUCUUCACUGCUUGUAGAGCCUUUAGAAAGUAGAAAAUUUGCAAGAUUCUCUCUACAAUAUACAGAAACAGAAGAGAAGCCCACUGAAGAUGAAAGAUGGUUACCCAAAUUCGCUGGACAUCAGAGACUCAAAGAAAGGGAAGAAUCGUUUAUUGCCCAUGAUCAGAAAAUAAACUGUGGCUUUGUGAGAGGUCCAAAAGGGUCUUCAGGUACAGGAUUUGACUUGGCUGAAGAUGAUGCAAAAUACAUGAGUAGUUGUCACAUUGCUGUGAUGUCUUGUAUAUUUGGGAAUUCAGAUCGCUUGAGAUCGCCAGUGGACAAAAUGGUCUCUCGUUUGUCAAGGAAAAAUAUAUGUUUUGUAAUGUUUGUGGAUGAAGUUACUUUACAUAUGCUUUCUUCAGAAGGUCAAGUGCCAGAUAGAAUGGGCUUUAUUGGGUUGUGGAAGAUUGUGGUUGUGAAGAAUCUUCCUUACACUGACAUGCGGAGAGUUGGGAAGAUACCAAAAUUUUUGCCACACCGUCUUUUUCCUUCAGCCAGGUACUCAAUUUGGUUGGAUAGCAAACUUCGUCUCCAACUCGAUCCAAUGCUUAUCUUGGAAUAUUUCCUGUGGAGGAAAGGUUAUGAAUAUGCUAUAUCCAAUCACUAUGACCGCCAUUGUUUAUGGGAAGAGGUUGCCCAAAAUAAGAAGCUUAACAAGUACAACCAUACUGUUAUAGACGAACAAUUUGCAUUCUAUCAAAACGAUGGGAUGAAAAAAUUUAAUGCAUCAGAUCCGAACAAGCUUCUUCCCAGCAACGUACCUGAAGGGUCUUUUAUCGUUAGGGCUCACACACCAAUGUCAAACUUGUUCUCUUGCCUUUGGUUUAACGAGGUUGAACGGUUCACUCCUCGUGACCAGCUGAGUUUUGCCUAUACAUAUCACAAGUUGAGAAGAAUGAACCCCGAGAAACCCUUUUAUCUCAAUAUGUUCAAGGACUGCGAGAGGCGAAAGAUUGCAAAGUUGUUCCAUCACAGAUCAGAGGAGAAAGGGAAUAUCACCCUACAUGAAACGGCAUAGUUUCAAGACGACUUUGAGCCAUAUCUGAGAAAUCGAUUCAUUUUUUUUGUACAAAAUGAUUCACCAUGGGUAAACCAUUUCUUUCCAAGUGAUAGCAAAGUUGCAUAGUGGUGAUUCUGAUAUCACACAAUGAAUGUAGAUUGCCAAAUUACCAUGAAGAAUGAUAGAUGCAUACUGAUUUGAUUGACGUGAAACAAGAAAAACAAGUUCAGUUUUGGUGGCUCCUCAUUCUACUUGAAGGGGAAAAGGGAUAGUCAAUUCAUAGAGCCUAUGUUGAUUUUAAUCUCCAAUAUCAUAUGUAGAAAAAUGAAGCACCCAAUAUUUUUAUACCAGAUAUUAAAUAAUGAUAAUUCAAUUCCACUUUGUAUUUUUUUUAAAGAAUUUUCGGUGCCAUUUUGAUCUCAGAUUGAUAUA